GCUAUAAACACUUCAUUGAGCAUGUGGCAGCCCUGCGUUCCUCAAAGCCCUUCCCAGCGCUCUCAUUGGCUGGUGGACUGUGAGAAACUCCAACAAGCCGAAGACCCACACAUUCAUAUGGAGAUUUGGGUGUAUAAAUACAGGGCAGAGGCAGAGAAGAAGGCAGCUCAGAUUCAACCGGCUCUUCGCACCGAGCAGGAACGCUCUAACUCUAAAGCUAUGGCGCCCACUGUUUUUGGACAAGCAAGCUAUCCUAAGGAACACCUGACUCCUGCUCACAAGCUGAGAAAGCCAAUGGUGGAGAAACUUCGCAGAGACCGAAUCAACACUUGCAUCGAGCAGCUGAAAUCCCUGCUGGGUCCUGAGUUUCUAAAACAGCAUCCCGACUCUAAGCAAGAGAAGGCGGACAUAUUGGAGAUGGCCGUGUCCUAUCUGAGAUGCUGGCAGCAGCAGAAGCAGCAGCAUCAGACCAGCGCGACCUCUGGCCUGAUGACGGGCCGCGACGGCUACUCCCGCUGCGUGCAGGAGGCCGUCAGCUUCCUGUCCCACUGUGAGGUCCAGACUCAGGCCCACCGACGGCUGCUCAGCCACUUCCAGGGCUUGCAGGGGUCCAGCCACAGUCCCUGCAUCCUGUCCCCUCCUGGCUCUCCUCUCCAUCAGGUCAACUCCAGCAAGGGUCAGGCCAGCAGUGCUCUGUGGAGGCCCUGGUAG